GACGGCUCAACUAAGAAAAAUGAUAAGGUCAUUCGAAUUACUGUAGCGAGCGAGUUUAUUGCUACAAUGAAACUGAAAAAAUUGUACUGGCGAUAGGAAUGAACGGAUGAUUUAUAUAGAGGCAAAGUCGAACCAAGGAGGCAGGCAAAUUUGAUAUAAAUACGCCGGAGGGGGGGCAAUGCGCUGUUAUCGGAGACCCCUGUGUCUGUCAAUGUGCAAGUAGACGCCAGAGCGGUGGAAGGUUUUGCUAACGCAAUCAAGGUGGAAUUGUACAAAACAAGUUCCACGUCCGGUGUAAUACGCACAUUACUGUGUUUGUGGGGGACGUGAAACAAGGAUGAUGCGCCUGGCUUGCUGCACCGUCCUCCUCUUCCUGCUCCGUCUCUUGGUGGGCCUGCCCUGGUUCCAGGUUCUCCCCUCCAUCCUCAUCUUCUACCUGGGCUCUGGAGGCUGGAAGUUCCUACUCAUUUUCGCCAAAACCAUCAGCAGAGAUUUACAUGCGGCAGGCGUCCUCCUCAAGGUGAAGUCAAACGUCAAUCGUCACCUGAAGGAACGAAACACCCUCCCUAAGAUUUUCGCCGAGACGGUGCGUCGCCAUGGGGACAAGACUGCGCUCAUUUUCGAGGGCACGGGCGAGAAGUGGUCCUUCCGGCAGCUGGACGAGUACUCCAACCGCGUAGCCAACCUGCUGCUCCAGAGGGGCUUUGUGGAAGGGGAUGUGGUGGCUCUCUUCAUGGAGAACCGGUCCCAGUACGUGGGCCUCUGGCUGGGCAUGGCCAAGAUAGGAGUGGAGGCUGCUCUGAUCAACUUUAACCUGCGGCUGGAGGCCCUGGUGCACUGCGUCACCAUCUCAAACGCUAAGGCCGUGGUGUUCGGCAGCGAGCUGACCGAGGCGGUGUGUGAGGUCCACAGUUCCAUGGGGAAGACAGUACAGAUGCUGUGUUCAGGGGACUGGGACCCCAAACGUGUCCCUGCAGGGACAGAGUGCCUGGAGCCUCUACUGGAUGCCGCCCCGACCCACCUGCCCAUCCGCCCAGAUCGCUGCUUCACUGAUCGUCUGUUCUACAUCUACACAUCUGGGACCACCGGGAUGCCCAAAGCUGCCAUCGUGGUGCACAGCAGGUACUACCGCAUGGCAGCCUUGGUAUACUAUGGCUUCGGUAUGACGUCUGAUGAUGUGUUGUACGAUUGCCUUCCCCUCUACCACUCCGCAGGAAACAUUGUCGGCGUGGGGCAGUGCCUGAUCCACGGCAUGACGGUGGUCAUCAAGAAGAAGUUCUCUGCCUCCCGGUUCUGGGACGACUGUGCCAAGUACAACUGCACGAUUGUCCAGUACAUCGGGGAGAUCUGCCGGUACCUGUUGAACCAGCCGGUAAAGGACAUAGAGGGUAAACACAAGGUCCGUAUGGCGCUCGGUAACGGCCUGCGCCAGUCCAUCUGGGAGGAGUUCACCUCUCGCUUCAACGUGCCACAGAUAGCAGAGUUCUACGGAGCCACAGAGUGCAACUGUAGCCUGGGAAACUUCGACAACAUGACAGGAGCAUGUGGCUUCAACAGCCAGAUCCUCCCCUUCAUCUACCCCAUCAGACUGGUGAAGGUAGAUGAGGAGACCAUGGAGCUAAUCAGAGGCCCCGAUGGCGUCUGCAUCCCCUGUGGGCCUGGUGAGCCCGGCCAGUUGGUAGGCAGGAUCAAUCAGAAAGACCCCCUGAGAAGGUUUGACGGCUACGUGAACGAAGGAGCCAACAGCAAGAAGACUGCUAACAGUGUCUUCAAGAAGGGAGACACUGCCUAUCUCUCAGGCGAUGUCCUAGUCAUGGACCAGUACGGUUACAUGUACUUUAAGGAUCGUACAGGGGACACGUUCCGUUGGAAGGGAGAGAACGUGUCGACCACAGAGGUGGAGGGAACCCUGAGCCGUCUGCUGGACAUGAAGGACGUGGUAGUCUACGGAGUGGAGGUGCCAGGCGCUGAGGGGAAGGCUGGGAUGGCCGCCGUAGCAGAUCCAGAGAGAUCUACAGACCUGGAGAAGUUUGGGAAGGAUCUGGAGAAAGCUCUGCCACCCUACGCACGACCUGUCUUCCUACGCUUCCUCAAAGAGGUCAACAAGACAGGCACCUAUAAGUUCCAGAAGACAGACAUGCGACGGGACGGUUUUGACCCCAGCAUGGUAUCAGACAAACUGUACUUCCUGGACCCCACCAGGGGGCGCUAUGUGGAGCUGCAUCAGGAGCUCUACAGCAGCAUCAUCUCAGGGAAGCAGAAACUGUAACUGUGAGAUCUGAUCACUCUUGCCCCCCCCCCAAAAAAAUAUCACCCCAUCCACCCCCACACACACACACCCUAUUCCUGAAGUCACUCUCCCUCCCCCAGAAAAACUCUUAACUCUUACAACCCACCUCUCUGCUCUCUCUAAGCCCACACCCCUCGUUACCUCAGUGAGGGGUGAUCUGGCUCAUCCAGGUCACAUGACAAGCCAAUCUGACACCAUAUCCCACGAUAGACCUAGAGUGACCUUUUACCUCUAAAGGCACCUCCCCCCGGAGCUUGACCUUGACCUGACCUGUAGCUAUAGGAACGCUCGCUGGAAGGACAUAGCUCGCUGGCUGAGAGGGGCGUGUGGCAUGUCCAGAAUGCAAAAACAUAGUAACUUACUCCAAAUGUAAGAGUCCUAGCUAGAGGAACUUGACACAAUGAAAGAACUUCAAUUGAAUGAAGGAAACAGUCCUGUCGGUCUGUCGGUUUGUCCGUCUCAUGUUGAGGUCACUCCCUCAUAGGCCCAACCUGCACACUGCCCAAUCAGUGACCAGUGGCUUCUGUUGUGACAGAAAAUGGCCGAUUUGGUUUUGGUGGUGUUGACUCGGCCCAUCCAUGUUAGACAUACAGCUAACCUGAAACUGAUGGAUUUAAGUGCAAUAGGGCUCCAGCAGUGGCAGUGCAAUGUACAGCUGUGAAGAAGCUCUCUAAUAUAUUUAAAUGUCUGCAUUAUACCAAAUAUAUUUAAUUUGUAGAAUAGUCUUUACACAUUUUAAAACAAAAGGAUGAUUGUAUGUUCAAGUUCCUGAUAAUAUGCCAAUUCAAAUUCUAAUCCAUGUUUUUCUAUAUCCACAAUUGUGCUCGGCUUUCUCCUGACCCCACCCACUAGGGGUGCUCCUCCUAGUCUUCAACUAUAGAAUCUACAGACCAACUCCCAGCUGCUGGAGCACCAAUGACUCUUACAGUUUCAAACCUGCUUCUGAAUGUUCUGAUUCUGGGUAAAUUCGUUUAUUUUUUGUCUGUGUCAACAUUGUGCAGGUUGGGCCCAAUGGAUUGGCUUCGUCUUGUAUGGCAUAGUAGACAUUUGAAAGCUUGCCGAAGAGCGCGCUGAAGGGAAAAGCACUAACCUCCUCUGUCUCUGUUGAGGAUAAUACUGUGGUGCUACAGACAGGAGGAGACUCUGACUCUGGUGCAGCAGACAGAAGGAGACUCUGACUCUGGUGCAGCAAGCCGAACGAUCUAAACCAGGCUUCUCCAACCUUGUUCCUGGAGAGUUACCGUCUUGUAGGUUUUCACUCCAACCAUAAUCUAGCGCACCUGAUUCUAAUAAUUGAUAACCUGAAUCAGGUCAGUUAAAACUGGGGUUGGAACGAAAACCUACAGGAGGGUAGCUCUCCAGGAACAGGGUUGGAGAGACCUGAUCUAAAGAUGGUCCUUGCUCGAAGGGGGAAGAGGAGAGGAAGAGAGAGAAAAUAUGCUUAUUUUCGUUAUUGUUGUUUGUUCUACUUUCUUGUUUCAUCUUGUCAGCAGCAUGAAUGAUCAACACAGAGUACUGUGCCUUUAGUGUGAGUUUACCAUCUCAGAUUCACAGACCCUGUCCCCAUCACCCCCUACCCUAACCCUUCAUCCCCUACUAUCCCAUAGCACCCUAUGCUAACCCAUCACCCCCUACCCUAACCCUUCACCCCCUACUAUCCCAUAGCACCCUAUGCUAACCCAUCACCCCCUACCCUAACCCUUCACCCCCUACUAUCCCAUAGCACCCUGCUCUAACCCAUCACCCCCUACCCUAACCCUUCACCCCCUACUAUCCCAUAGCACCCUGCUCUAACCCAUCACCCCCUACCCUAACCCUUCACCCCCUACUAUCCCAUAGCACCCUAUGCUAACCCAUCAUCCCCUACCCUAACCCUUCACUCCCUACUGUCCCAUAGCACCCUAUGCUAACCCAUCACCCCCUACCCUAACCCUUCACUCCCUACUGUCCCAUAGCACCCUACUCUAACCCAUCACCCCCUACCCUAACCCUUCACUCCCUACUGUCCCAUAGCACCCUACUCUAACCCAUCACCCCUACCCUAACCCUUCACUCCCUACUGUCCCAUAGCACCCUACUCUAACCCAUCACCCCCUACCCUAACCCUUCACUCCCUACUGUCCCAUAGCACCCUACUCUAACCCAUCACCCCCUACCCUAACCCUUCACUCCCUACUAUCCCAUAGCCCCCUACGCUAACCCAUCACCCCCUACCCUAACCCUUCACUCCCUACUGUCCCAUAGCACCCUACGCUAACACAGCACCCCCUACCCUAACCCUUCACUCCCUACUGUCCCAUAGCACCCUACUCCCUCACUCUGCUAUUGCUCCCUUGUCUGUCCUCUGUCCCUAUCAUCAGGUAUUAACCCACAUUUCCCCAUUCACUUUAAUUCAGCACCCCAAUUCUGUUGUACCCUAACCCAUGAUCACUCCUGUUAGGCAUGGCUCCCAACCUCUCACCCAGUCUCCCAACCUCUCAUCCAGUCUCCCAACCUCUCACCCAACCUCUCACCCAGUCACCCAACCUUUCACCCAACCUCUCAUCCAGUCUCUCACCCAGUCCCUCAACCUCUCACCCAACCUCUCACCCAGUCUCCCAACCUCUCACCCAACCUCUCAUCCAGUCUCUCACCCAGUCUCCCAACCUCUCACCCAACCUCUCAUCCAGUCUCUCACCCAGUCCCUCAACCUCUCACCCAACCUCUCAUCCAGUCUCUCACCCAGUCCCUCAACCUCUCACCCAACCUCUCAUCCAGUCUCUCACCCAGUCUCUCACCCAGUCUCCCAACCUCUCACCCAACCUCUCAUCCAGUCCCUCAACCUCUCACCCAACCUCUCAUCCAGUCUCUCACCCAGUCCCUCAACCUCUCACCCAACCUCUCAUCCAGUCUCUCACCCAGUCUCCCAACCUCUCACCCAACCUCUCAUCCAGUCCCUCAACCUCUCACCCAGUCUCCCAACCUCUCACCCAAUCUCUCAUCCAGUCCCUCAACCUCUCACCCAACCUCUCACCCUUCCCAGGCACCUCUGUUUGAUCCUUGCUUCUCUUGUUAUGGCUAGACAUUCCUCUCGGUCUGUCAUGCUGUUAUUCCCUCAGCUCCGAGGACAUGGCGUGUGACUCCUCCCAAGCUCUCGUACCGUCGGCAGUACUCUACGUGAUGUGUCACCAUGUCCUCUCAAAACAAACAAAUUAUGAGCCGGUUUCGUCAGCCAAAUAUCCUGUCUGUGUGAAAUCGAAGGUGGAGACCGAGGCACAAUGAUUCUCCUCGUCUUCUGUCUGGUGUGUCUCUUGUCGUGUUACACGUGCACACCUCGCUGAUGAGGAAGAGGAAGUGACGACAUAGUUCUCCAUCUCCACCCAUCAGUAUCAGUGUAUUUAUUACUAGUGACGAUCGUUUCAUUUGUCAAAUGUUUGAGGAAGAACAUUUUUAAAUUAAGCGGGGAAAAAUGUUGUAAAGAAGAGUAUAUACAUUUUGGGGUUAUAUGAGAAUGCUGCUUUGACACUUGUGAUCCUGGGGUGUCAAAUGGUAGUAUGACCACAAGGUGGCACCUGUCUGGGCAGCCCCAGAGGAGUCCAAAUGGGCAUUGGGCAAUAUUCUGAAGUGGCUUCCUUUCCUUGUCUCCUUUCCUCCAUCUGCACUGAUCUAAGGAGUGGAGAGGUGAAAAAUUGCCAUAUUGUUUACACCUUGUGUUGAAGCAGAGGAGACAAGGAGAGGAAUCUGUUUUAGACUAUUGAGAUUCACCUCGUCUGCCCCAGAUGUUUCCAUUCCCACUUUUUUGUAAUUUUAAAUUAUUAUUUUAUAAAGUAUUAUUCAUUCUUUAUUUGAUUGUGCAUUGACUGUGUCGUGGCUAUGCAUUGCAUUUGUUAGUUAUUUUAUGUGUGUGAAAUCAAAGCUUUGAUGUCUCAGGAUUCUGGAAGUGAGUGAAGGGUUUCCGUGAGUUUAUACGUCUACCUGUUUGACUGUAACCAGAACCCAAACCUAUGAUGGCACCAGCCCACUAUCUUAUGACACUGAAUAGAGACAGACUGUUGUCUGUCACAGGCUCUCUGAGGUUAUGUGUCUUUGGGCCGGUUUCCCGGACACAGAUUAAGCCUAGUCCUGGAAUGAAACAUGUCUCGAUUGAACAUGCUUUUUAGGGAAACCAAGCCCCUAUGUCUGUCAAACCAAUGGGAGCUAUAGUAGUGUGAGAGAGUGACAGGGUGUUGGUCACAUCUUUAACCAGAGGGAGGCUGUGUUUCCCAGAAAAAGCCUCAUUGCUGCUGCCUACUGCUACCCAUAGAGAUAGAUAAAGGACUCAUCUUUGUAUCUGUGCCAUGUAUAAUGCCUGUGGCAGCAUGGAGUGGUCUCCAUUAGGAAGUAGUCCAUUGUCUUAUUCACGAUUGGCCGAUCCCUCCUGAUGACCCGGUUGGACAUGACUCCAACAGGGUCACCAGGAUGGAUCAGUCAAUGAAGUUGGAAGUCCCACCCAGUUGACUACGUUCAAAUUGU